AUGGAAGUUACUGUUGGACACACUGAAGAACGAAGGGAAGCUGAUCCAGCAAUUCACUUCACGGAUCUCCUUGAUGCACUGGAACUGUACAAAGACAUUGCCACAUACAAGUCGCGUUUCAUAUUCGCUGACGUCAAGGCUCGCUACACAGCAGGGAUUGGACGUGUUCCAGAAGCGCACAAUCUUCUGGAAGUCUGUGCUCUGACAGAGGGUCCAAGCAGAAGAGCUCGAAAGCGAAGGACAGCUGUUGAGUACCUGGGUCGCACCAAGGCAGAUGCCAAGCUGUGUCGCUCGGCAGUAGGAUCGGCGAUCUACCUGUCGCUGGACAGAAGGGAGAUCCAGCACGCAGUGAAAGAAGGUUCCAAGCUCAGACACCCAGAAGUCUGUGAGUUCUAUGUGCAAAGGAGCUUUGCAGUCCAAGCAGAUAGCUUUGGGCAAGGUCUCAACCGUGACCAGCAGCAUGCGUGGAAGACUCCUACGCCAGCUUGUGUCGGUUGGAUCAAAGACCAAGAUCGAGCGGGAAGAACCGCCACGGCCUGUCGGCAAAAUGGACAAAUGGUCGGGUGCAUCAAGGCUCUUGUUGUCCUGAGCCAAGUUCAGGCUGUGGCAGGGCAGCCAACGUACUGCCUGUCCCCAUACGAAUGGUACGCAUUGUACUUCUUGGCCGCAAUCGGCACUUGUGUGCUGAUAUGGAAACUGGCACAACAGUUCAUCGCUUGUUGUGUGGACUGGUUAUGUCCAAUCGAGCCAGCAACGCAAGACACGGGCCAUGAGGUGCAAUUGCACAUCCAAGAUCAGCAGAUCACCUUACGAAUCAGGGUGACUGCCACCAGAAACAAUCAGCAGCUAACGCUGACUAAUCCAGCGCCAGCGGCAACCCCGCGGUCAGAGCCAGCGGUAAACCCGCGGACACCAGCGGAAGCCCCGCGGUCUCCUGAGGAACUUACUCCUCGAGGGAUCGAGAGGUGGCAUGAGGAACGUUGGGUCCAAGAAGCCGCAGAGGCCAGAAUGACCAUGCAGGAGUUGAUUGAAUGGCGCAACCAAGAAGAGGCUCUCCUACGAGGAGAGCAUCCCGACGGCAUGUCGGACUUCCAGGACUCUGAGUCAAGUGAGUCCGAGGCGGCACCAGCCAGCGCGGGCAGCACCGCGGAACAGUGGGCAGCUCCGCCUGAGUGGGCAGAUCCGCCGACCCGGGAACCGGAAAGCGAAGCCGAUGCAGCCAGCAUCGAGCGGAGCGACCCGUUCGCCCAUGUGUCUCCAGCAGAAUUCGAAGAAUGGAGACGGCCGGUGACGCAAAGCGAUUUGGGUUUAUCACUGAGUGUUGCCAGUGCCACUGCUAUGACCCACUCGUCCGGCUGGGUGAUGCGCCAGUAUGGAUCGGGACAUCGAUUGGCGGAGGUAUGUUGGAUGGGCGUUCUGACCUUGCAGCUUUGGGAGUUGGUGAUGCGUUUUCCUGUUCUGAACCCUCGGGAAGUGCAGGACGAGUGGCGUUUGAUGACCAACGCCGACUGGUCCCUGCUGCUGUUGACGGAUUUCCCCAUUUGGGGCGUCCUCAGACAGGCCCAAGGACGAGUGACCUCAUGUCCAGCUUACACCCACUCACCUUCUGCGCGGCACGCGGUGGGUGCGCGCAGAUGUCCACUUCCACGCUGCGACGAGAUGGACCAAGAUGUGAAGGAUCAGCAGUACUACAUCGAUGCAGUGGUGAAUUCGGCACUGGUAGGCGAUCAGCUUUACAUGAUGAUCCCACCACAGCGGCCGCGGUGUCCUCUGGGUCUGGCAGCCAUAGAGCUGGCAGUGGCACUGGUGGAGGUGUCCCAGUUUGGCGGUCAGAAGGCUUGGCCCAAGCUGGUGCAUGUUGUGGCUGGCGCGCAACGGCGCAUCAUCCGCUAUUUGGAGGAGGGGCUAUAUGAAGCUCCUACCCGUACGGAUGAUAUGGGUCCUGUAGCUGCAGAUCCUAUGGGAGAGCUACUGUCCUCUCGAUGGGAUGUCGUGGGGCUGCUACAUGCGAUGCAGGUGAUUCUGCUCCGAUCCACCGAUGGCCAUCCUUUUCGGCCUCUACCGUGGUUGGUGGCCGAGGCUCCUCAUGGACCUUCGAUCUUGAAGGAUACCCAAAGCACUCUGGGAGGCUAUGUGCGCUACCUGUUAGCCGAGUUGCGCAGCGAGUUCUGGGGCGCCGGUGAUGGCGUUGAGAAUUUUGUGCUACGCGUCCUCCAUGAAGGACGGAGGCACCUGGAGAAGUCAACAAGGGUCUUUGUGGAUGUGGGCGCCUUUUGUUAUCGCCACGAAUGUUUGCCUCGUGUGCUGCUGAAUGAGGUGGCCAAAGAUCAUCGAGGUAACAUCAAGGUGUAUGCCUUGGAACCAAAUCGACGGAACUUCUUGCGCACGCAGGCGCUGUUGGCGCGUCUGCCAAAACGCUGGCGGCGCCACUUGCAUCUGCAGCGGGCGGCGGCGGGAAACCACUCCCGCAGCCAGGUGGUACUGCAUGGCAUUGGGGCCAAAGCGUCACUAAAGGCAGAUGCCUACGGCGGCCUCCUUUGGCGGCAAACAGGGGAAGGUCGCGUGCAGAGCGAGGUGGAUCGCUACGUGGAAACGGUGUCGUUGAAGCGCUUGGACCAUUGGAAGGUCUUGCCCCGGAGACUUGAGCUGCUGAAAAUCGAUGUGGAGGGCAGUGAGAUGGAUGUUCUGCAGGGUGCCAGGUCCAUCAUUGAGGAGCAGCGGGUCAACAGCAUCGUUCUGGAGUACUCGCACUUCUGGAGUGCCAAGUUGAAAACCCUGGCGGAAGACAUGUCUGCGAAGGGCUACGAUGGCUACUUCCUGGGUACCCACUGCAUUUUACCCUUCAGUGGAUCGAAGAUGGAGUGGUGGCAUGAUGUCUAUGAGGUUUGCGCCAAGAUCAAAGAUCGAAUCUAUCGUGGCAUGGCCGGCUGGUGUUGGCUCAAUGUGGUCUUCCUGUUGAGAGGCUCCAGAUUGAGCCGGAAGGCAUGGCAGUGGGUGCCAGUUGAGGGCCACUGUACCAAGACACUGCUGGGAUCUCAAAAGAAUGGGCCGGCGGCGUUGCGGUUCGCUGCGGCCUUGCGGUUGGGAAUCCUAAAGAUGCCCGUUCUGUUGGUGGCUCGGUCGGGCUGA